AUGGAUAAGUAUGGAGACUCUGAGUUUGCAAGAGAUCUGAGGUUCAAGGACGAGCAGAAAAGAUUCCUCGAGCAAUGAAAGUGGGGCUAUAAUAUUGACAUCGAUAAUGAAGAGAGCAUGAUAAUUCCUGCUCGAGAACUCUUCCCAACAUGUGUUAAUAUCUUAAAAUAAACAAUUAUGUCAACUGUGAGAUAAGAAGCCGAUCGUAGUCAAGGCAAUCAUGCCUCUUGAGCAUUCAUCUAAUGAUGAGUGGAACCAUAAAAUGUAUUUUUGAAAAUCUUGAGCGAAGAAAAUUCAACCAGAACUUGAGAUAGAGACUAUGGCAAAAAGUGGAGUCUUUUGAGACCCUAUAAAGCAACUGAAUCAAGGGUUUUUGAUGAUAAGGAAAGCCAUUUUUAAGAGACAACUAUAUUUGGCUCAUAUUUUGAGAACAAAGCCUUAUAUGAGAGAACAGAUUGAAACAGUUUGGAAGCAAUCAGAACAGUUUUAUGGGGUCUAUCAAAAUAUUCUGAACAGGGUUUAUCUGGCAAAAGGAGAACCUUUAGACAUUCAGAGUAAAAAGAUCCGAAAUUUUAUUGAGAAUCAAAGCACAUAUAAAAAGAUCAUAGAUGAUGUUAAUCGAUUGCUGAUCAAUAUCAAUCGGGAUCCUAAGUUUAAGAAGUUAGCCAAGGACUCAGAAGUAAAGACUCAAGCAUAUCUUCAGAAAGAACUUUAUGAAAUUGAAGAAUCUCAUGAGAAUACUAUAGAAGAAUCAAAGCAAAAGUACUUUGAACUUAAAAAUAAAAGUAUCGAUCUUGUUUGGAGUCUUCAAUCUCUUCAGGAGGCUUUUACAACACAAGAUCAGAUUAGAGAGCACUAUCCCAAUGUUCUAGACUUAAAACACGAGUAUGCAGAUUCAUAUUUUGAUGCGAAAAGAAAGUACUCGGUUGAUUUAGAGAAAAUGUGUGGCUGAGAAAGAAGGAUUUCAGAUUACUUAGAAUUGAAUAUGUCUUCAUUCAUUCCACAGAAAAGAUUUUAGCUUACACACUGAAUAUUUUAGAAGUAAAACUGAGCAACCUUCAUUUUUUAUCAAUUGUCAGUUGCUUUGGGAAAGAAGACAAGAGGAAUCUGACUUUGCAGAAAAGCAUAUUAAGACAUCAAAGGAGCAACAAGAGAGCAUUGAUAAUUUCCAGAAACUUACCGAAGAUCAUUCUGGUAAAAUCAAUACUAUCGAAAUCUCUUUUUGAAGUUUUGGAAUUAGAGAAAUUAUUAAAAUAUUCAGGAAUCCUUUCAUCACAAGUGUAGAAAACUUGAUGCUAAAUCUGACAGACAGAGAGUUAUAUCCCAAGCUAACUCCAGUAUUUUGAAAAUACUUAAGUCAGUUUAUUGAGACUAAAGUGAAGAAGAGUAUCUCUAUCAGUCAUUUCCAGUUGCAUACAGCACAAGUUAAUUUGAUUUUAAAGGCUGCAAGGAAUUUAAAACAUAUAUCGGUAACGAAAUGAUCUUUCCUAGACCAAGGAAUUGUCAAACUAAACUUUAAAGAAUUUUACCUGAAAGAUAUAUCAACUUAUCGCGAAGAAUUUGAUGUAAUAGAGAGACUUCUCCCUCUUAAAGAACUCAAGAUAUGAAACAACUACCAAGGAGAUAUGAAUAAGAACGAUGGAGAUCCUUGUCUUAAAGACUUAAAACAGAUUAAUAAAAGCCAAUUUGAUCGUCUAUGCAAAGAUCUUCAGAAACAUAUGGACCCAUGAGACCUUCCUAAAGUCUCGAUUGAUAGAGCUUUUUCAGUUGCAGAAGUUAGACAUUCCAAUAAACAAGACAACAAGACAAAGGCAAAGAAGAAAGAGAAGAUAGAUUUCUAUCAAAAGGACCAAGGAUCAAAUCAUAAUUCUAGUAUCAAAGACCAUCUCUCUAUAAUUAAAUAAUUUUUAUUCCUCAGUAACAGCACAA